UUGGCUAAUAGAUUGCAGCUAUGACAAAAGCUUAUCAAAUGUUAUGUUUAAUAGGGAUAUGGUUUUUGUCAUGUACGUCAAACAUACCUACCUGUCUGUCCUAAUCAAAUAAUGCACUAGGCUAAGUGGGGUGUGGUGGUUAUGAUUCACUGGGAGGAAGCACUCAGCGGUAUUUAACAGCAGCAGUCGCUCUAACACGGUUUGUGAAACGCCUGGCAACUUCGGAGUCAAGACUUCUCUGACUAGCCUUAUCAAAGAGUUCCGUUUCUGACGACAGAAACUUUGAGAUGGGACCAGAAUUUGGAAACGGUUUCUUCUGUAUUUUCGUGUUUUUCAGGCUGUGCAGUUGCGCAUCCAUAGAUUUAAACAAAGUUGAGACACCCAUAGUGGUUGGCACAUCCAGCUUUGAAAGUGACAGAUGGACUACACUUGAAGUUGAAACAUACAGUUCGGGAGGUUAUGAGACUGUCAAUGAUCAAACAACUCAUAAUGUAGAAAUGAGUACUAAGGAUCAAAGUAAUCCCUGUCUGGGUAGUCAUCAAGAUUUCUGCAUCCAUGGGAACUGUCAGUACCACAGAGAACAGAAUACUACAUCCUGCAUAUGUCUUCCUGGUUUCUCUGGAGAGAGAUGUCACAUGUUUAGUCUGGCGAGCAAAUUCGAAGAGGGUUAUGACCUGACGACAGUCCUACCUGUUGUAGCAGUGGUCCUCAUCGUCUUAUGUCUGACUAUCUUCAGCCUCUUUCUGGUUGUCAGACAUCAAAAGAAACACAAGCAUGAUUCAGAAUGUGAAGAAAAAAUUCAUCUUGAAGUGACCCCAUGAACUGUGAAACGAUAGGUGAAAGGAGAAAGUCUACCUCAGAGUAAAGAUUGGUCAGACAAGGUGUGGCCUGGGACUCUGCUCUUGACUCAAGUCAUAAAUAGGAAGAUGACGCUGGAGAGAGAUUCUCGAAUGCUGAUGACAAUCCAGGAACAUUGUCUCUAAUGGGCAGAAAUGUCCCCCAGCUGUGGUGUUGGAAAGACGUCCAUCUUCCCUUAUGGAGGUCAAGACCAUUUCAACCCCACUUAUCACCCUUUUUGGACACUAAGUGGACAUACAAAAACAAUGCAUUUGUACCAGGAAGAUGGCAACAACAUCAACAACAAAAUAGACCAAAGUUAGAUGGAUGGAUUGAAUAGGCCUAGUUGUUUUUAUGUACUGUUGAGUUGAGAUCAUUGUUAAGCAGCAUUUUUUAGUAGCAGCUUCAGUUAUUUAUUUCUAUAUUUAAGUAGCCUAUUUAUUUAGUAUUUAUUUUGAUGUUUCUCAUUGUGUAUUUAUUCAGGCAUUCAAAUUGUGAUGUCAUUUCAAUGUCAUUUUAACUUCCCAUUGUUCAACUUUCAAUAACAUUUAAGACAUAAUUUAUCAUCAUCAACACAUCAGCAUGAAUAAGAGAACUGUUUAUUAAAAUGGUUACAUGUGAAAAAAUGGCGUACACGUUCUGAUUCUCACAAUAUGCCCACUUUAGUGGUUCUUCCACAGUCCAGUUUGCCCACAUGACCAAGCUCAAGAAAAUGAAAUGUUGAAAGUUGAUUUUGUGAAUUAAAUACAGGAUAAUAAUAUGGGAUUAAAUACAUUUCAUACCUAA